AUGGCAGCUAGCAUAGGACCGGGUGGUUUUCAUCCAGGAAUGCAGCAACACCCCGGCGUUCACCCUGGCCAUCCCAUGGGCGCUCCGGGCAUGGCUCACACUCAGAGCCAACCGGGCGGCCAACCGGGAAUGCCUCCUCAGAUGGCAGCUCAUAUGGCAGUGUCCGGCCCCGGCGGACAGGUCAAUCCCGCCGCCAUGAUGGGAGGUAUGCCUCCCGGCGCCGGCGGCCCAAACGCUCACGCCCUACAGCACCUAAGUCCCCAGCAGCAGAUGUUCCAGCAGCAACAAUUCGCAAUAGCCCAAAAUCCUCAAAUGCUCGCCCAGAUGCAACAGCAGCGGUUGCUCCAACAACAGAGGCAGGCUAUGAUCCAGCAACAGAUGUAUAACGGCGGCAUGUCGAUGAAUAUGCCGGGGAUGAACAUGGGCAACAUGACUGCAGCCCAGUUCCAGGCAAUGAGGUCAAACGCGAACAUGCAACGAGUCGCCAUACCUCAGCAUCUCCAGCAGGCGCACCUCGCUCAACAAGGACAACAUCAAAAUCCUCAGCACGCUCAUCUCCUAGCGCAGCAAUUAGCACUCCACCAACACCAGGCUGCCCAGCAGCAGGCUAACAACCCGAUGCACCAAGGUAACCAGCCCGGUCAUCCCGGUCAGAUGACUCCCCAGCAACUUCAGCUGCAGCAGGCCCAGUUAGGCCAGCCAAUGGGGCAGCAGGUCCCGCAAGGCCCUCAAGGCCAAGGGCACCAACCUCAGCCGCAACCGCAAGGGCAGCCGCAACAGCAGGGACCGCAACCUCAACCCCAGCAACAACCGGGACAACAGCAACCCGGCCCGCAGCCCGGCCAACAGCCUCCGCCAAAUUCUCAAGGUCCCCAGAGAGCUCCGACGCCGGCGGUCGCGCAGCCGAACCAACCGCAAACUCAAGGGCCGAAUCCCGCUCAGGGCAACCAGCCGCAACAACCUCAGGGCCAGGGUCAGCCACCUAACGGUCAACAGAGCCAACCCCAGCAACCCAACGCGCAGCCGCUGCAAGCGGGCCAGCAUAUCCAACUCCCGGCCGGUAUGCAGCAGCAAUUAUUACAUCAGCAACAGCAGCAACAACAGCAGCAGCAACAGCAGCAACAGCAGCAGCACAAGAACGACGGCAUGAAGGGCCACUGCCUGCUAAAGCUACUCCAGUUCGGCGAACACCUAAGCGGAUAUCAGGGCUCGAGAACAAAAGAUGAUCUGACAUAUUGGAAUAACUUCGUAGCGCAGUUCUUUUCGCCCAGAGGCGUCUUCAGACUCUCCCUCUUCGACGUCGGCAUGGAGAUGCCGAACGCAGAGCACGGGGACAAGCAAUACGAGAUAACGCAGCCCUCGCUAGCCAGAUAUUUCCACACGCACUACGAGAGCGGCAUCAGGAGAAUAAACCUAACCUUCGAAAAGGGGAUUACAGAUAGGCCGUUACCGAACGGGUGUCACUUCAUCGAGAACCAGAAGGCAAACCUGACCUACUGGUUCGACAAUUCGCAUGUCGUCGCGUCGGGAACUCUACGAGCACAGUUCGACAGCGAACAGAAAUUAGAACUUCUGGAAUUCAUCACCCAAGGUCACGAGGAAUAUCAUUCGAGGAAGAUGGUUAUAGAGGCAGCGAAGCCGGCGCACAAUUGGGUUAAAGAGUGGCACAGGGUGAACGGGCCAGACUCGCGACUGUCCCCGGAGAUGAGCAAGAAGGGAAAGAAACCGAUGAAAUCGCCUCAAGUUCAACCCCCCGACAUCGACCUACCCCAGUCGGCCGUGAAGCAAAAUUCGGGCAUCACGGAAGCCGUGUUCCAAUUUCUCGAGAUAAUCGAAGUCGUCGGACAAAUGAACCCCCUGUUCAACUUUUACCAUACGCACCCCGGCCUCUCCCCUUACGCCGCGCUCGAGCAAUACGUUAGCCAGAACAUACAUAACGCCCCACAGCAACCCAUAGCAAACGGUCAGCCACAAGGCAACGGCCCUCCUAAUCCGCGGACGCCUAGCUUCGGACAGUUCCCGAUGGGCGCUUCGCCGGCGGCGACUCACCUACAGCUUCCGAACUCGCCUCAUAUGGGCAGCCCGGCGCAAGGACACAUGCAAGCGCCAGGCAUGCAAUUGCAACAGAGUCAGCAAGGGACGAACUCUAGCGGGCCUAGCGCUAACACGAGCCCAGCAAGCAAUAAGCGGAGGAGACCGUCGACCGUCAAGGCCGAAGAAGACAGCGGCGCCCCCACGCCUUCGAGCAUGGGAGGCCAAGUCAACGGCGUCGGAAUGGCUAACAAGAAGCCUCAGACGACGCCCCGGUUACAGAAACGCGCGAAAGGCAACCCGGCGUGA